UCGAUGAAGCGAGAGCCUGAGUGGUCAUUUUCCCACGUUUUAUACAUGUACCUUCCAAUAAAUGUUCAAUAUAAAUGUACUUCCAGUGAUACUCUCUGGUGUUCUGAUUGAUUUAAAAGAACAAGAUCGAUAUAACAAAUGCUGAAAUUAAGCUGGUCGGCGAUUUCCAUACAAUCACGCCAUGGAUGAUAUCAUGAUCGAUGAGGGCGACGAUGUCGGUGAAAAUUGCGAAGUGUUGACGAUCAGCAGAACGAAGGCCGCCGAUCGCGACGAUGAGACGCUGGUGGGUCUAGGAUGGAGGGUUUUUGGGUUGAUUAUCGUCACGCUUAUUACCGUGAUGCAAUCUACUCAGGAGUACCUUCUUGUUGUAACAAUAUUUGGAAUGGCUGAAGAAUUAAAGUUCGGAGAAACAGAAUGUCAGGUGAUCAACGGAACAGCAGCACGUGACUAUAUUGGUGAUCUCAACAUGACCGGAGAGGAAUUGUGCGCUGAGGCAGGAAGGUGUUCUGAAAACAGCACGUUUUUCUUACCAGAUGUAUGUGGGGUACGGUACACGGGACGAGGUACACUCUAUAUGACGUAUUAGCUGGACCAAUUUACCUCAUCAUAGAAGGAAUUGCAACGGUGCCACUUAUAGGCUUGGUUCAAGGACUUUCCAUAAGGGCACCGUUAUCCAUUGCAAUGUUUACUGUGUUGUGGACACUCUGUACUCUGCUUACAGCCUUUGUUAAUGACUACUGGGCCGUCGCCUUGCUCCGGUUCCUAUUUGGCAUAUUCGCCGGCCCUCUCCGAUCGCUGAAAAUUGCUUACCUCGCCCAUAUCUUUCCAACGGAAGUACACACCAUCGUCUUUGGUAUUUCAGAGUACGGACACCCGUUGGGAUUUGGCGUCUCCUUUCUUUUUGUCAACGUCACGAAUACCCUCGGUUGGAGAUGGUGUUAUAUAAUUUGUGGAGCCGCGGGUCUGUUCCUCGCCUUAGCAUCAUGUUUCAUGGCAAAUCCAAAAGGACCGCGCCCCCAUGACAAGAUAAACAGCGUGGCAUCGUCAUGGAAACAGCAGCGCUCCAGUUUGAGACAGAUACCAUGGGCAUGUGUAAUGUGCGUUAUCCUGAGCAACACAGCAUGUGCUUCAGCGAUCUUGGUCGGAUCCUACAACACCACUAUCUAUCUGGCGGAGUACUUUCCCGAGUUUGAUGUCAGUGUGAUAGGUUUGAUUACAAUAGUCGCAGGCUUCAUUGGUUCCGUCUUUGGCGGGUGGAUGGGUGAUCGUCUGAGGAAGAUUUCUGGAAUACGUGCGAGAAUUGGACUCUGCAUUGUUCUGCAGAUUUUCGGGUUCGUUUUAGUGACGUUGAUUUACCAAACUCCUCUCACAGCUUUAGUGAUUUUAUUCAGUAUAAAUCUCUUCGGCCAUUAUUGGUUCUCGGUUGUCCUUAUAUCCAUCCUCUCCGAUCUAACUCCGCUCGAUUGCAAGACAGGAGUCUUUGCCAUCGCCUACUUCUUCACUCACUCCAUAGCGGGUACUGUUAAUCUGGCCGUUACCCCGAUAUCAUCCAUAACGAGCCUACGAACAGCGAUCACAGUGCUAGGUGCAACACUCGUAGGAGUCAGCGCCCUCAUACUAGUCAUACCCAUCGGGUGUUCGCUGGUUCCAGGUACAAAACCGAAACACGAGACUAAUCGAAAUGAGGACAAAGACGAGGAGGUAAACGAAAGAACUCCUUUGAGAAUGUCAUACGACGAAAAAGAAAAUGGUCAGAUUUGAUAAGAACAAGGUUCUGAGGUAUUCAACAAAAAAAAAAAAAAAAUAUUAUUGUAAUUUAUUUUGGUCAUAUAUAAAUAUUAUAUUUUACUUUAAAAAUGAUGCACACUUUUAUUUAGUGAAUGCCACUCAUGUUGGAUAAAUCUUGAUUAAUCAAGUUUAAUUACUUUUAAAUAUCACUUGAAACAUAAACUUCUACUCCAGUAUGAAAAUGUUUAAGGUCAUCAUGAUAGAGACCAUCGGUAUUAUCAACACUUUUGGCUGGCUGCACCACACACCCGUUUUUGUUCUUUUGUUUUGUUUUUGUUUUAUAUAUUAUGUAACAAAUGUAUUAUGUAAAGGGAACCUUAAUUACAAGCAUAAUGCUUCCAAGGUUUCCUCCUCAUUACUGCAGAUAAUUGUUAGCAUCAUAAUGUAUUUAAUGACUUGCCAUUACAUCGUUUUUAUUACUGUUGUAUCAAUCGAAUAUUAUGUACAUGUUUUGUUACCUUGUAUAGGCCUUACUUUGUAAAUUCUUUUCAUAUGCAGUUAAUGUGGAAAUAAAACCUAAAUAAUAAAAUAAAAUAAUUAAAUUGAAUUAAAUUAACUUAAACAGUGAAGGUGUAGAGGUGGACGGGUGGAUGAGUCCCCGGAAUGUGGGUAACAAGUUGCGGGGUUCAAAUCCCUGCCACAUCAUUGAUGUCAUUUGGCAAGACAUUAAACUACGUGUGCAACUCAGCUCUCCCUCCAGGUACACGCUAGAAAGAAAUGUCUUGAAUGCUGUGGCGCCAUAAAAUGAUACAUGUACUUGUAUAAAACACAAUAGAGUAUAUCUACUGCACUAUGUUAAUACAUUUACAUUUAUUAUUUCUCAUAACUAGUUUUCAUAUGAAUUUUAUUCCCAGUGAGAGAUCCAGGGGGGGGGGGGGAUUCCUGGACUCAAGGGAAGGGGGUGUGGGGAGGUUCAUGUCCAAAAAUGUCCGAUAUGUAAAAACAAAAACAAAGACAGUUUAAAAGAAAAUUCUCAUGUUUUUUCAGGUGCCUUGUUGACCACAAUACUACUUCUCCAUCCAAACAUU